AUGGACCACGAAGCUUCUACCAACCUGGAUCUGACCUCAGUCAAACCGGACUCGCCGAUACACUCGUGGUUCAGUUCACCGUUGAUCAUUCCCAACGAUGGUUCGACUGCCCGAGAUCAUUUAGGCCGCGAUAGGACAUGGAUGCAAUGGAUCAGAUUGAGUACCUUGUUGGUAUUGGUCUCACUGGCCACCUGUAUAAGCUUUCCAUCUGAUUCUGAUGAGCACGAUCAUGGAGAUCCGGAGGAUGAUAAACAUUCUGAAGAAUAUUUAAAUCCGUUUGGUGUAACCUUUCUUGCUUUGUCAAUCGUCUUGCCUUUGCUAGGAUUUUUUGAAUAUCUCUCGGUUCAUCAAGCAAUGUCUAUCAAGAGAGGUUUUGUUCAAUCCGGGUUCUUUUCCGGCUUUAUGAUCAUGGCCACUUGUCUAGUUUUAUCGGUGUUUACUUUGGUGCUAUUUUGGGAUGGAUUUGUAUAA